GCAAGUGGAAAGGCUGGAUAGCGUGGACAUAGAAGAAGAAAGUUCCUUAUAGGUAUCAUGUCCGUCGACCUCGAUCAUGUUAUGAUAGUUGUUCCGUUGCGCAAACCACGCGCUAAACUGAGCGCUAAGAGGAGAGUGGGUUCUAUGAAUGGAAGAGAAAGUCAAUUAAAAAACGUUUUAGCUAAGAUUGAACAUGCAAACGACCGCAACACUAAUUCAUUGCCAUCGCUGGGACACACUAAAGGAAAAGACGAAAACCAGCCGCAUGUGAGCUGCCUGAAGGGUUAUGCAAGAGAAUCUCUAGGCCUUGUUAGAGCUCUGGAGGUGUACAGUCCGAAUAACCCGGCCACUGCAAAAUGGCGCUCGGGCCUGCAGCCGCUAAGUCUUUACCAGCAAAGCAAGUUGGAAAAAUCUGUGCGAGAUUACAAAAGACUCUACAGUGUGCAGCACUCUCCGCCUCACGCAACUUUAACUGUUCGCUGGCGAAACAAUGGAAAAGAGACCUGCUAUACAGAGGAAUCUCUUCAAAAAAUUUUUAGCCACUUUGGUCAGAUUAGAAAGAUUAGUUUUCAGAGUGCUUGUAGCGCUCAUAUCGUACUUGAAAACGCGGAAAACGCAUGCUUAGCUCUCGGCUUAUCAAAUUUAGGCUUUCCACGAUGUCCCCUGCACGUUCGCUGGCUACCAGAGGAACAGAAGAGGUUGCUUUGGCGAAAAAAUGAUGCUGUUGCUGAGCCAAUGAAAGUAAAGAAUGUUGUAAUCAAUGGAAGGAAUACUGGAGGCCUUCAUGAGCCAUCCAAAAAGGGGGCUAGAAAGUCGCCCCAAGCUCUGAUGCGCCACAGUCAAAUUUGCCGCACUACUCCUACUGACCAAUUCACGCAGUAACGCACAAUAGCCUUUAAUAACUUUCGUUUGAAAUAUGGACCUAAACU